ACCACUUAAUUCACCACUUCUUCGGCGCAUCGGAUCCACUGACUGACACCCACCGCACACGUGAACCCCACGCCCGGCACCACAAAGAUGUCUAAACGGCGUAUCGAUUUGGAUGUCUCGCACACGAAGAAGAGUCUUAUGUCCAGUCGUGGCGGCGAUCAUCAGUCGGACCCAUCGGGCAUCGAGUCGCUGCUGAAGGACGCGAAGGCGGCCGUAAAGACACCGGCGAUGGCCGGCACCACCACCACAGCCGGCAUCAACCCGUGCACUAAAGUGCCGUACAGUCAGCGCUACUACGAGCUGUUCCGGAAGCGGAUCCAACUGCCCGUCUGGGAAUACAAGGAGCAGUUCCUGGACCUCAUCGACAACCACCAGAUACUGGUGCUCGUGGGGGAGACCGGUUCGGGCAAAACGACGCAAAUCCCUCAGUGGUGUGUCGAGUAUUGUCGCAACAAAGGCAGCAUCAAAAUCGGUGUCUCCUGUACUCAACCGCGACGAGUGGCCGCCAUGUCUGUGGCCACUCGGGUGGCCGAGGAGAUGGACGUACCCCUGGGCCAGGAGGUGGGCUAUAGUAUCCGUUUCGAGGACUGUUCCGGUCCGAAGACUAUACUCAAGUACUGUACGGACGGUAUGCUACUGCGGGAGGCGAUGUCCGACCCCCUGCUCGAGGCGUAUAGCGUUAUACUGCUGGACGAGGCCCACGAGCGCACCCUAUCGACCGACAUACUGAUGGGUGUACUGAAACAGGUGGUCACCAAACGCAAGGACCUGAAGAUCGUGAUAAUGUCGGCCACUCUGGACGCCGGCAAGUUUCAGCAGUACUUCGACGACGCGCCCCUCAUGAACGUACCCGGGCGUACACACGCCGUCGAGAUAUUCUACACCCCGGAGCCCGAGAAGGACUACUUGGAGGCCGCCAUUCGCACCGUUAUUCAGAUUCAUAUGUGCGAA